GCCCACUAGCUAAACGGAUAAGGUGUAGAAAUAUAACACUGGUAGAAAUGUUGAAAGGUGAUGCAUGUGAAAAACAAGGGCAGGUAGAAGAGUAGCACUGUAAGCAUUGAGCGGAAGCAUUUCUUCAAUGGCGACCCCUGUGAAAGUGUACGGUCCGCCUCUCUCCACCGCGGUCUCAAGGGUUCUAGCUUGUCUCCUUGAGAAAGAUGUCCAGUUUCAACUCGUCUCUGUCAACAUGGCCAAAGGUGAACACAAGAGCCCCGACUACUUAAAGAUCCAGCCGUUUGGCCAAGUACCAGCAUUUCAAGAUGAUCAAAUCACUCUCUUCGAAUCCAGAGCUAUAUCGCGAUACAUAUGUGAUAAAUAUGCAAACCAAGGAUGCAAGGGACUGUAUGGUACAAACCCAUUGGUGAAGGCAUCAAUAGAGCAGUGGAUAGAAGCAGAGUCGCAAACCUUCAAUCCACCAAGCUCGGCUCUUGUAUUUCAGUUGGCUUUUGCACCGCGAAUGAAUAUCAAGCAGGAUGAGAAGCUGAUCAAGCAGAACGAAGAGAAGCUUGCCAAAGUGCUUGAUGUGUAUGAGACGAGGCUCGGAGAGAGCCAGUACUUGGCGGGUGAUGAGUUCACGCUCGCUGAUCUCUCUCACCUACCUAACAUUCAGUAUUUGGUGAGUGUGACUGAUAAAGGUGACCUCUUCACUUCGAGGGAGAAUGUGGGACGGUGGUGGAGCGAGAUUUCAAGCCGAGAGUCGUGGAAGAAGGUGGUUGAAAUGCAGAGUCUACCACCUCCUCCACAGAGCUCCUGAGUUUUAUGAGGAAAAUAGGCUGCAUUGCCAUGUCUCAGUGUUUUUUUUUUUUUUUUUUUUGAGGUUGGAGACUUUAUCUAUUGACUACUUUGAUUGUUGAAUAAUAUUAGAAUGCUCAAAGAGACUGGUAGAUGCAUUGUCAUCCAUGCACAUAUUUUGCCAGGAUUUGAGAUAAGGAUUCACUUCUCACCUUGAAAAGCAUUGGUUUAACUUUGUACAACUCUCUUUCUUAUGUUUAA